UCAACAGGAUCAGUGAAUGCAUGUUGAUAGUGACAAGCAUGAAGCUGUUCAUUUUGGCAGCCCUGUUCGGGUUCAGUUUAGCUCAGCAUAACCCCAACUUCAAGCAUGGCAGGACCUCCAUUGUCCAGCUGUUUGAAUGGCGUUGGGUUGACAUCGCUGCAGAGUGUGAGCGCUUCUUGGGACCCAAAGGAUUCGGCGGCAUUCAGAUCUCUCCUCCAGCAGAGCACAUUGUGCUGACCAGUCCCUGGCACCCCUGGUGGCAGAGAUACCAGCCAAUCGGUUACAAGCUGUGUUCCAGAUCCGGCAGUGAGGAUGAGUUAAAAGACAUGAUCACCAGAUGCAACAAUGUUGGGGUCAAUAUUUAUGCAGACGCUGUCAUCAACCACAUGUGUGGAGCUAGUGGUGGAGCAGGAACCCACUCUGCAUGUGGGAGCUGGUUCAACGCCAGCAAGAAAGACUUUCCCAGUGUCCCGUACUCCUCAUGGGACUUCAACGAUAAAAAGUGUAAGACUGGCAGUGGUGAAAUUGAGGACUAUGGGGAUAUAUUUCAGGUGCGUGACUGUCGUCUGGUCAGCCUUUUGGAUCUAGCAGUGGAGAAGGAUUAUGUCCGAAGCAAGUUGGCUGAAUACAUGAACAAGCUGAUUGACAUGGGUGUAGCUGGAUUUAGGGUGGAUGCUUGCAAGCACAUGUGGCCCGGUGACCUGGAGAAUAUCUACCAUCGUCUGCACAAUCUAAGUACCGCAUGGUUCCCCAGUGGCUCCAGACCUUUGGUCUACCAGGAGGUUAUUGAUUUAGGAGGUGAGGCCAUAUCAGCUAACGAGUAUGUCCGUCUGGGAAGAGUGACUGAGUUCAAAUAUGGUGCCAAACUGGGAACUGUUUUCAGAAAAUGGGAUGGGGAGAAGCUGUUCUACACUAGGAACUGGGGAGAAGGAUGGGGCUUCAUGUCUGAUGGCCAUGCUGUUGUUUUCAUUGAUAACCACGACAACCAGAGAGGCCAUGGUGCUGGUGGUGCAUCCAUCAUUACCUUCUGGGACUCUAAACUCCACAAGAUGGCUGUAGGGUACAUGCUGGCUCACCCUUACGGAGUGGCCAGGGUCAUGUCCAGCUACCGCUGGAACCGCCACAUAGAGAAUGGAAAAGACAAGAAUGACUGGAUGGGCCCUCCCAGCUAUGGCAAUGGAACCACCAAGCCUGUUCCUGUCAACCCUGACCAGACUUGUGGGGAUGGAUGGGUCUGUGAGCACAGAUGGCGUCAGAUUACGAACAUGGUAAUUUUCCGUAACGUGGUCAACGGACAGCCUCACUCCAACUGGUGGGACAACCAGAGCAACCAGGUUGCCUUUGGACGUGGUGAUCGUGGUUUCAUUGUCUUCAAUAAUGAUGACUGGGACCUUGAUGUCACCCUGAACACUGGCAUGCCUGGUGGCACCUACUGUGAUGUCAUUUCUGGCCAGAAAGAAGGAGGCCGGUGCACUGGGAAGCAGAUCCAAGUUGGUGAUGAUGGCCAUGCACACUUUAGGAUCAGCAACACAGAGGAGGACCCCUUUGUUGCAAUUCAUGCUGAAUCUAAGUUAUAAAGACAUCCCAAAUAAACAUUAUUUUGAUCAUGAUUGAUGAAACAAACAUUUUGCUUGCAUAAUAAAAGAAAAAUUAAAACAUUUUUUUUGUA